AUGGCUUCGACGCGCCAUCCGCCUCCGCUGCGUAUAUACCAGGACCCUCCGGCGGCUUCGGCACCGCCAGCUGAAGGCCAGCCCGGCGCAAAACCGUCCAAGACGCAGCGUAAACAGCUACAGCCAUCGCCCAUGCCGCUUCAGCCCCUCGGUAACUCGGCGAGAAACAACCGUGAUAUCGUCCUGAACCCGCCGUCGAUGGACCCUUUCUACAACCAGUCUCCCAUCAAGCACCAGCGUCGCACGAGCGCCCACAUCGCACACAAUAAGCUGGAAUAUCUGCCCAUCUCAGCACCGAAGCCUGCCAGGUUUCCUACCGACUCGCCGGCAAAGAAGCUCGCUCACGAACAGUAUCCUCGACAUCCUCUGCCUCCACAUCCGUCACGCCUUCCGCUCUUCACGACGUUCCCCAGUGUUCCUACCAAGUCAUUUGGAUCCUCGUCCAGGGCAGGAAUCCAACAGGAGAACUUCACCUCCCUCCCGGCGGCACCGCGCGCGUCUUCGGGGAUGCACGCUCCGGCCAAACGCCGGCUGACAGUCGGCAGUGACUCCCAGCGAGACCCGCCCGUGAAGAAGAUCAAGCGUGAAGAGCGCGAGCAGUCGGCGCCUAUACCAACUCGCCUGCCAGAGCCACAUGAGAUGCCCCCUGUCGAAGACGACGGAUCCAAACCGCCCUACAGUUAUGCGAUUCUCAUAGGAAUGGCCAUUCUUCGUGCUACCAACCGUCGUCUUACCCUGGCCCAGAUCUAUAAGUGGAUCUCUGACAACUUUGCCUUUUACCGUGCUGGCGAUUUCGGAUGGCAGAACAGUAUUCGCCAUAAUCUGAGUCUUCACAAGGCAUUUAUCAAACAGGAACGUCCAAAGGAUGACCCAGGAAAGGGUCACUACUGGGUCAUUGAACCUGGUAUGGAGGCCCAGUUCCUCAAGGACAAGCCGUUUCGCAAAGCUGCCAUCAUGUCUACCAUUCCUGUCACCCAGCAGCCUCCUAUCCCGUUGAACACCCCACAGCAACAGGAUCUGCCACCGGCACCAACCUCAAGCAAUACCGGCCUUGCGACCAUCAAUUAUAUCCCGUCCACAACCGAACAGGAGGCACCUGUUUCAGCCAUCCAAGAUCUCUCUUCUGAUGCCACUCUUCCGGCUUCUGACCCCGCCCUUCAAGAGGAUGUCAGUGACGAGCAGGAGCAGGAGCAGCCACAGCCGCAGGCAGAACACCAUUUCUCAUCACCACUGCAGGCAAUGCGCUCCUCUCCGCCGGUUGCACCACGCAUCUUCCGCCGUCAAGCUACUCCGCCAACGCCGUCUCGUCCUGCUACCGCUUCUGCCGGUGUUCCACGUUCAAGGAGGCGCAAGCCCUCGAACAUGAAUGACAGCGGUUAUUAUUCCUCCCUCGAGUCCUCGGCGAUGAGACCUCGUGUGGCAGCUGGACACAUUUUGACUUCAGAUCUAGAUAUCGAACCUCCACGCAUCAAACGUGGCCGCGCUGAAGAAGAAAUAGCUCGCAUCCGAAGCUCUUCACACGACAUCAGCCCGAUGCGGCUAGGAACUCUACGAGACUCUGCUCAGGCUGCCAUUGGCUCGUCGCCUCUCAGAAACGAGUAUCUUUCUAUCCACGCCGCUCCUCUAACUCCAGGUAUCAAGUUCAAGAAGCCAAUCAAGCCUCCACCUUUCCUAUCACCAAACACCAACUUGCAGAACCACCGCCGCAAAAUUCAGCAGAUGGUCAACUCUCCAAUAAAACGCCUGGGACUGGGCGAAGAUGUACAGCAACCCUGGAGCCCGGCAUUUAACCUCCACGACGAAGUAUUCACUUCCAAUGACAACCUUCGCCUACCAUUUGACCCAUUCUCAGAUAACUUCUUGGCUAAUGUUGGCACGCCGACCUUUGGUUCACCCGAAAAACGCUCUGUUAGGAGCGAUAAUCACGGAGCCGGCGUUCUUACUGAUAUCACUGCCCUCAGCGCCAACACGCGUCUGAAGACACCCGUCGAUAAAUCCAAAGCCUACAGAUUCCAAGAGUCGCCUUGCAAACGCCUUGAUCCAGAUCGCUACAUCGACGCGUCCAAUGAUGAGUUAUUCUCAUUCAACCUCUUCAGCGAGGACGGCGCAGGCGAAGUCGACGGUGUAGAUCUCUUGCAAGGAUUCGAGAAAAUUGGACAGCAGCCUUCAAAGGAAGAACGCUCUCCCAAACAGUUUCUUGGAAAGGGCUCGCGGAUUUGUCACGGGCCCAAGGGUGGUAUCCGAUUUUGA